UUGAAACAUGUGCUGUUAGUUACUCGUUCUCGUGUUAUAAAUUUUCAAAAUUUCCUAGAAUUUUAACUGUUUUUCUUCCCAACCUAUAGUGUAGUUUGAAAAACUUAUUGUUUCACCUAGAAGAUUAACUAUUUUCACGUGCCAUUUCUAGAAACUGCCAGAUUUUUCAGUCAAAUCAUCCAACAGUAAUCCACGUGUGCUUCAUGCUUCAAAAUGACCAUCGAUCAAAAUUUCGAGGUCAAUUUAGACCCUACGAACCUGCAGUUUUCCGUGUUUAGCGCUGAUGAUAUCAAACGGAUCAGCGUAACAAAAAUAGUAACACCACAAUCGUUCGACAUAUUGGGACAUCCGGUUCCGGGUGGGUUGUACGAUCCGGCAAUGGGUCCAUCCGGAGGAGGCGAAGUGUGUGCCACCUGUGUCAAGGAUAUCAGCCAGUGCGAGGGCCACUUCGGUCACAUUGAAAUUUGCCUUCCGGUGUUCAAUCCGUUCUUCGUUAAAACUGUCUACAAUCUACUGCGCAUUUGUUGCACCAACUGCUUUCGAUUACAGCUGCAUGAUACGAUGAAAAAUUUGCUGGAGCUGCAACUGCAGCUUGUUGAUGCUGGCUAUAUUGUCGAAGCCGAAGAGAUGGAAGUGUACAAGCAGAAGGCCGCCCUGAAUCCGGCCGAUCCUCUAGCGGAGGGUAUCGGCUACUAUUCACAGUUGCUGUUGAAAAGUCCUUAUAACAAAUUGGCGAACACGAAGAACUCAGAAGCGAUACGAACUGCAAUCGUAAAUGCUACCCUGAAAGAUGCCAUCCGAGUGAACUGCAUUCACUGUAAGACGCCAGUGAAGAAAGUUCGCGUAUCAAAUAAGCGACUGGUGUUUAGUAUGAAUAAAACAGAUAUGAAAGCUUUUUAUGAAAAACAAGGUCAUCAAGAUGUAAGCGAUGUUAAACUCAAAGCCACCAAUCGGGUAAUUUUUGCGGAAGAAUGUCGGAAGUAUUUCUAUCAACUGUACCAGAAUGAUGGUGCACUGUUGCGGUUGCUGUUUCCUAUUCUGGCCAACGGUGCUCGUACUAUGAAAAAUCCGGUUGAUUUAUUCUUCAUGGAUGUGAUUCCGGUGCAGCCACCGGUUGUUCGCCCGGUGCGACGCGUAGAUCGUACAGAGAUUUUAGAACAUCCACAGACUUCGAUACUGCGGAAUAUUUUGAUGGCGAACACUACCUUGCGGGCGGUUUUGGUUUUAACUAAGGGGGAAAAUGGGGCAGAAGAGAAGACCGCGUUAAGCAAUGUCGCAGUGGAGAUGAAGAAAGUUUACGACGCAGCAAAAGGUGACAGUGCUUACGAGAAGAUGUACAACGCGUGGGUUGAGCUGCAAGCGUUCGUGGAUCAAUCUUUGGAUAUUAAUUUGGCUCAGGAAAAGAGCAAAACCCGCGGUUGUGGGUUAAAGCAAAUUAUGGAGAAAAAAGAAGGACUGGUGCGGAUGCACAUGAUGGGAAAACGAGUGAACUAUGCAGCCAGAACGGUUAUCACACCGGAUCCGAAUAUUGGAGUUGACGAGAUUGGCAUUCCGGUUACGUUUGCAAAGAAACUAACUUAUCCGGUACCAGUGACACCCUGGAACGUAGCGGAGCUUCGAAAGAUGGUGCUAAAUGGACCAGAUGGUUAUCCAGGGGCCAAUAUGAUUGAAGAUUCAAACGGACAGGUGAGCAAAAUAUCCGCUACCAGUGUGACUCAGAGAGAGUCAAUAGCCAAAACUCUGUUGACACCGCACAGCUCCAAUCAGCAGGGUGUGAAAAUCGUUCAUCGGCAUUUGCUGAAUGGGGAUGCUCUGCUGAUGAACAGACAACCUACGCUGCAUCGACCCAGUAUAAUGGCACACAAAGCGAAGAUCUUGAGUGGGGAGAAGAUCUUCCGAUUGCACUACUCCAAUUGUAAAUCGUACAAUGCCGAUUUUGAUGGUGACGAAAUGAACGCUCACUUCCCGCAGGACGAACUUGCUAGAAGCGAGGCUUACAACAUUGUUGCCGUUCCUCAUCAAUAUCUCGUUCCGAAGGAUGGUACUCCGCUGGGUGGUCUAAUUCAGGAUCACAUCGUUUCCGCUGUAAAAUUGUUCAUCAGAGGUAAAUUCUUCAACCGAACUGACUAUCAGCAGCUGGUGUUUCAAGCUUUAUCUAAUCACCGUGGAAACAUAGAUUUACUUCCGCCAACGAUUGUCAAACCUGCAACGCUGUGGUCUGGAAAGCAAAUCAUUUCUACGAUCAUUAAGAAUCUAAUUCCUAAAAAGGUGCCUCACAUCAACAUGAUUGGAACUGCCAAACUGGGUAACAGACAUUGGCAGACAGAACAGCCAAGAAUGUGGGUUGCGGGUGGAUCGCCUUUCACCGGCAAUGAAAUGUCCGAGACGGAAGUAUUCAUUCGCGAUGGAGAGUUGCUAGUAGGCAUUCUUGAUAAGAAUCAUUUCGGAGCUACGCCCUACGGGUUAAUUCACUGCAUGUACGAACUGUACGGAGGAAAUUGUUCCUCGUUACUGUUGUCAUCUCUGUCGCGACUCUUUACGUACUAUCUUCAGUGGGAAGGCUUCACUCUAGGUGUCAGAGAUAUUCUGGUGCAAAAACGGGCAGACAAAAAAAGAUCCAAGCUCAUCAAGGCAUGUCGAAUGAUUGGUCAUGCCACGGCGGCUUCCGCUUUGGACCUUCCAGCGGAUGUCUCAGAGCAGGAGUUGAACGACAAGAUGACAGAGGCGUACGCUCGUAACCCAAAGUUUCGAGCAAUUCUUGAUCGAAAGUACAAAACCGCUCUGGAUGCAUACACCAAUCAGAUCAACGAAGCUUGCAUCCCGACAGGCUUGAUUUCCCAGUUUCCUGAAAAUAAUCUCCAACUGAUGGUUCAGUCUGGUGCGAAGGGUUCUACAGUUAAUACUAUGCAGAUAUCAUGUCUGCUGGGACAAAUUGAACUGGAAGGAAAGCGUCCUCCGUUGAUGAUUUCUGGUAAAUCAUUACCAAGUUUUGCCAGCUUUGAGACAUCGCCGAAAUCGGGUGGUUUCAUCGAUGGUCGUUUUAUGACCGGAAUUCAACCGCAAGAUUUUUUCUUCCAUUGCAUGGCUGGACGGGAAGGUCUAAUCGACACAGCUGUGAAAACUAGCCGUUCCGGGUAUCUCCAGCGGUGCUUGGUAAAACAUUUGGAAGGUCUCAACGUCAACUACGAUAUGACCGUCCGGGAUAGCGACAACAGCGUGGUUCAGUUCAUGUACGGGGAAGACGGAAUGGAAAUUUCUAAAGCACAAUUCAUCGAAAAUUCAAAGCAGCUUCGAUUUUUGGAUCUAAAUCGGGACGUAAUUGUGCGACCAGAGGUCGUCAAAAAACUUACCAGCGACGACCAAUUGAACGAACAAAUUAGAGCACAUGUCAAGAAGAUUAAAUCUUGGUGUAAGAAAAACGGCCCUAAAACGCAGAAGCGACGCGUGUCACCCUUUGCUAAAUUUUCUUCUGAUGUGAGCGAAGAAAUCCGAGCCGAAAUUUCGAACCCCGACCAGCUGAAGCGAAAAACCGGCCGAACUCGACUGGCCGAGAAAAUUAUCAAAAAAUGGGUGAAAGCAAACCCAGAGGAAAAAUUUCGUUACACUCGUAAAUAUAAAUCCUGUCCCGAUCCAACGGUCAGUCUCUUCCGACCGGACAGUUGCUUUGGAGCGCUGACCGAGCAUCUGGAAGAUCUGGUUAACACGUACGCCAAGUCAAACGAACCCAUCCACGAUAUGAGCGAGUUGAUGAAGAUCAAGAACAGCCAGGCGCUGGUGAACCCUGGCGAACCGGUCGGUGUGCUGGCGGCUCAAUCGAUCGGGGAACCAUCCACCCAGAUGACGCUAAACACGUUCCAUUUCGCCGGACGUGGUGAAAUGAACGUUACCCUCGGUAUUCCUCGGCUUCGCGAAAUUCUCAUGCUGGCUUCGCAGCACAUCAAAACUCCAUCGAUGGAGAUACCUUUUAGGCCGCACCGUAGCGCCAAAAAGCGCGAAGCUGUUGCCGAGAGAAUGCGUAAAAUGCUAAACCGAGUGACGGUGGCGGAUGUCCUGGAAGACAUCCAAGUGAAAACUCGACUGGUUUUGCGACCCACACGAGGCAUGCAGCAUGUGGUGAGAUUCAACUUCCUGCCGGAGGAUGCAUACUCGCAUGAAUAUCGAGUAAACCCGAAAGAAAUCUUACACUACAUGUCCAAACACUUUUUCAAACAUAUGUUUCAACUGAUCUUCCGGACGGCCAAAGCCAAAAAUGUUUUGAUCGAAAUCGCGCAAGAAUCUACCGCCAAACAGAACGUCGAGAACGAUGACUUGGCCGAUACCCGCGAGCCGGACAUGUCCCGACUAGAGGACGAUGGCAGCGUAAGCUCAGACGAUGAUGCAGGUAAAAAUGAAGAAGACGAUGACGCUACUGAAACGCGGAUGAAGAACAAAAAAAGCGAUGAAGUCGGCUACGAUACCGAGGAAGACGAUGAAGGCGACGAUGAAGAUGACGAGCUGCAGAAUUCAACCGAAGAUAAGCCGGAGGGUGCUGAUGAUGCACAAAAGAAGCUUGGUGACAACGAAGAGGAUAUGAUCAGUGAAGAAGCUUUAGAUGUGUCCGAUACCAAGCUUGAAGAGGAGACGGAGCAGUUGAUGGUGAAACAACAGAACGAACUGAUAAGUGACUAUGUUUAUGACAAGAAACAUCACCGCUGGUGUGUCGUAACUUUCCAUAUGCCAAUGAAGUAUAAAGAUAUCGAUUUCACCAAAAUUUUGCGGGAAAUUGCUGAAAAGUGUGUUGUUUGGGAGAUCCCCAACAUCAGACGAGCCAUCACAUACGUUCAGAACGAUCAGUUGUACCUCAAAACGGACGGAAUUAACAUUUCUGCUAUGACAAAGUAUAGCAAAAUAUUGGAUCUAAAUCGUCUCUACUCGAACGACAUCUACGCCAUCUCGCAGAGAUACGGAAUCGAGGCCGCCGCAAGAGUCAUCGUCAAGGAAGUCCAGAAUGUGUUCAAAGUGUACGGCAUUACGAUCAAUCCGAGACAUCUGCUGUUGGUGGCGGAUUAUAUGACAGCAGACGGAACAUUCAAGUCAAUGAGUCGCAAGGGAAUGGAGAACAAUGUGUCCCCGCUGCAGCAGAUUUCGUUUGAAUCGUCCAUCCAGUUUUUGCGUGCAGCUGCACUGAAAGGAAACGAUGACCAUCUGGAUUCGCCCUCGUCCCGCUUGAUGUUGGGACAGUUGUGUAAGAGUGGAACCGGUUCGUUUGGAGUGUAUACCGAGAUGAAAAUGUAAGAGCUAUUGUACAUAUUUGAAUGGAAGAAUUUGUUUUGCAAAACUGUAUAUCGUUACGAUUUUUUUUUAUUUUGCCAAGUUACCGAUGACAGAGUUAUGAGAAAAAUUAUAUG